AUGCGUGGCCAGCAUCGAUCGUCCCCGCUGCCGCUCCUAGGCUUGCUAGGAGUCGCAAAAGCCGCACAAGUCGUCUACGUUACCGACCUGGCGAUAUACAACUCCUUGGCACCAUGCGCCCAAACCGCCAUCGCCUAUAACGUCCAAGGUCAAACCCGCGAUGCCUGUCCCGCCGCAGUCGGGGAACUCCAAGGCUGCGUCUGCACCAAGAACAACAACUUCGCCGCCAUCAAGUCCGAUGUCUCCAAGUCCGUCAACUACUAUUGCGGGUCGACGGCCACCGAGGACCAAGCGUCGGCGGCAACAGUACUCAGCGCGUAUUGCAGCCAGGACAAGCUGCCGGAGUUUCCGCAGCCAUCAGUUCCGGUGACGCAGUACAUUACUGAUGUUCCCGAGGUGGCCGCGUUAGCGCCUUGUGCGUUUAGUGCGCUUGGAUAUGCCGUCAGGGAAAUGGGACGCGAACGAUGCCCCUCGGACUUGGCAGCCUAUGCCACCUGCGCUUGCCAAAAGAACCAGAACUCUCUGCUGGCGAGCCAGCUCAUUAACUCGUCAGUCAAGUACUACUGCGAAGGCCACACAGCCGAUGUCUCGUCAGCCCAGGGAAUGUGGUCGGCGUGGUGUAAGCUGAAUGAGGGAACUUCAGCAUUUCCUAAGCCGAGUAACCCUCCCGGUGAUAUGACGUACUAUAUCAAGGACCUGCCGCAGUAUAGCUCACUGGCCAAUUGUGCGGCUUCGGCGGUAUCCUAUGCUGUUCAAGGGCAAGCCCGUGAGCUCUGCCCUGACGGGCCUCAGGCACUUGCAUCAUGUGUCUGUCUCAAAGACCAAAUGCUUGGUCUGGUGACAAGUUCCAUAACCGCGAGCGUCAAAUACAGUUGUGGUGUAACAGCAACUGACGAUAUCUCAUCUGCAAUGGCUGUCCUGGACUUGUACUGCAAUGCUGCUAACAACAAGCUCGUCGCAAAUGGGGUUACCGCAUCGGAAUCCCAAGCAGACCCGACUCCAACAGCCCAGAGUGGCAGCAGAGCCAACGGUGGUGCCCAGGCUACGGCCAGCAGCGGAAGUGGCUCAAGGUCUGGCUCCGGCUCCGGUAGCAAUUCCGGUGAUGACAGUACGGGAGGGGCCAAUGACGGCGGCAGCGGGAGCGGCAACGCAGGCACAAAAACCUCUAAUACGGGGGUUAUUGCUGGCGCCGUCAUUGGCGUUCUCGUUGGACUGGGCAUCAUUGCCGCUCUUCUGUUCUUCUUCAUCCGCAGGUCAAAGCAGCGUAAAAACAUGGAGCAGACCAAUUCCUCGAAUGCCAUCCAUGAUGCCCUUGCCGGGGAAGGCAAGCCCGAACUUGCUGGCAAUCCUAUUGUUGGCGGCGCUGCUACUGCUGCUGCCGCCGCCGCCACCGUCCCGCCCUCGCCGCCCAGUCGUUCCGCAAGCAUGCUCAAGGACGGAACCAGAGUCAAUAGCGUGUCCCCAGUGUCGGCUGGUGCGGGCGGAUUUCCCCCUCCCCAGUUGACGGCCGAACUCCAAGGUCAAGGACCGCCGCAUCCGCUCAAUAGCACCGAGCUUCACGGCCAGACGCCUGCGUACCCUCCAAUGCCGAACACUGCCGAAUUGCACGCACCGUAUGGUGUAUCACAGAACGCCUCGCAACAGUCGGGCCAAGGUCCUUGGUCAGUUUCUCCGAUGUUGAGCAAUGCCUCGGAGCUCCAGGGAAGUGGGGGGAUUUAUCCAGGCCCGAAUCGGCAGGAGUUGCAAGGCCAGGCGCAGUUCACGUCGAACAGGCACGAGAUGAUGGGACCACAGCGGCCGGCCGAACUACAGCCGACGGCGUGGCAGUCAGGUCCGGUGCUGGGAUAUCAUGAGAUGGAUGGGCAUGGAAGAGGAAGUGGUGGGCAGCCUUGA